CUAAAAACAACAGGACGGUGCCGGCGCUUCUUCUUUCUGUCACUCUAUUUCUCUCCCUCAAAAACCCUAAACGAUUCUCAUUUCCCGAUGUUUAUUACAAUCUCUUUUAUCACAUGAUCCGCCGGUAAUUAAGCUCGAGAUUAAGAUGACACAACCGUCGGUAAUCCUAGCAACCGCUAGCUAUGAUCACACUAUUCGCUUUUGGGAGGCGAAAAGCGGCCGCUGUUACCGUACUAUUCAAUACCCUGACUCGCAAGUUAAUCGGCUUGAGAUAACCCCAGACAAGCGCUACCUGGCUGCAGCUGGUAAUCCUCACAUUCGCUUGUUCGAUAUUAACUCCAACAGCCCUCAACCUGUAAUGAGCUAUGAUUCACAUACAAAUAAUGUUAUGGCCGUAGGAUUUCAAUGUGAUGGAAACUGGAUGUAUUCUGGUUCUGAGGAUGGCACUGUAAAAAUUUGGGAUUUGAGAGCUCCAGGUUGCCAAAGGGAAUAUGAAAGUCGUGCUGCUGUAAAUACAGUUGUCUUACACCCAAAUCAGACUGAGUUGAUAUCUGGUGACCAAAAUGGCAACAUUCGUGUAUGGGAUUUGACAGCUAACUCUUGUAGCUGUGAAUUGGUGCCUGAGGUUGAUACAGCUGUGAGGUCUCUUACAGUCAUGUGGGAUGGAAGCCUGGUAGUUGCUGCAAAUAAUCACGGGACAUGCUAUGUUUGGCGCUUAUUAAGAGGAAAUCAGACUAUGACCAACUUUGAGCCACUUCACAAGCUACAAGCACAUAAUGGAUACAUACUCAAAUGUCUCCUUUCUCCUGAGUUUUGUGAACCCCACAGAUAUUUGGCCACUGCAUCUUCUGACCACACUGUCAAGAUAUGGAAUGUUGAUGGCUUCACAUUGGAGAAAACUUUAAUAGGACAUCAGCGCUGGGUAUGGGACUGUGUUUUCUCAGUGGAUGGUGCCUAUCUCAUAACAGCUUCUUCUGAUACAACAGCUAAGCUUUGGUCCAUGUCAAGUGGUGAAGAGAUUAAGACGUAUCAAGGACAUCAUAAAGCAACUGUUUGUUGUGCACUACAUGAUGGAGCUGAGCCUUCUCCAUGUUAAAGCUAGAUUCACAUUCCAUUUUAUCCCUUUGUACAAGUUGUACAGUGAUUUUAGUUGUGAGUUGUUACAAAACGAGCUGUUUGAUGUUGUAUUGUUUCUUCCCACAUCAGUCCUAGCUAACAUUCUGGAGUAGCUGCGA